UUCAGUUUUAAAACUUUUAUAUUUUUGAAAGCAUUCAAAUUCAACAAAAUCAACAUUAAUUCAUUAAUUAAUCAAUAAUCAUACCUUAAGUCCAAAUCGCCUAAGUAUAAUAUAAGGCAGGAGAAUUAAAUCCAUGAUAGAAUCCGUAAACAUACAUUCUUUGGAAAAUAAAAGAUGACCAAUACUGUUUACUUAGUAAUGAAAGUAAAGUGUGUUAUAUUACUGCAGUUAAGUCUUGAAUUUGUGUGAAUUUAAGACUGUAAUACUUGCAGCAUUCAUUAUUGCAUUGUAUGUGCUGACAAUUUUGCUGUAAUGCUCAAAAUGUGCCAAACUGCAGCAUUAAUAUGUUACUGUACUGUACAGGAGCUGUUUGUCAUAUUUAAUAUUCACCUCAAACAGGACAGUGGAAUCGUCUAUUCAUAUGAAAUAAAAAAAAAAAAAAACAACACCAUCUUUUCACGUUUAUUUAUUUUCGCUUGCUGUUGAUUCUAAUACUUUUUUUGCUUAGCAAACAACCAUACAAAUUAUAUAUCUACCUUCACGUCAAUACAUAAAUUACAUAAAUGUACAAAAAUGUUUACUGUACUACCUGCUUUUCAUAGCAAGACGUAUUGCGUCAUCAUCGCGCAGCAGUACGGGCGCCUCUGAUUGGCUGUUGUUGGCGGUGACCUGGCAACCGAGAGAGGGCUUACAGACGCUUAUUUAUUCUGUAGGAUCUUCAGAUAUAGACACACAGAUCGCAGAUCGCGGCUUUUUAUUGACAACCAGUGAUUGCUUACCGAUACUAGCUGCUCUUGAUCCAUCUCCAGAGGGGAUGUCGACGCGAACGCUGCCUCUUCUCUUCAUUAAUCUGGGUGGAGAAAUGCUGUACAUCCUGGAUCAGCGCCUGCGGGCUCAGAAUAUCCCAGCAGAUAAAGCGAAGAAAGUUAUGAAUGAUAUCAUUACCACCAUGUUCAAUAAGAAGUUCCUGGAGGAGCUGUUCAAGCCACAAGAGCUGUACUCCAAGAAGGCCCUCAGGACGGUGUUUGACCGACUGGCUCACGCCUCCAUCAUGAGACUCAACCAAGCUAGUAUGGACAAGCUCUAUGACUUGAUGACGAUGGCAUUCAAGUAUCAAGUCCUGCUGUGUCCUCGCCCUAAAGAUAUCCUCCUUGUGUCCUUCAACCAUAUGGAUGCCAUCAGGGACUUUGUGAAAGACACUCCCAGCAUCCUCAGCCAAGUGGAUGAAACAAACAAACAACUCAUAGAGAUAUAUACCCCGUUAUCUGGUGGAGAGUUUCAACUAAUUAGACAAACACUCCUCAUCUUCUUUCAAGAUAUGCAUAUAAGAGUAUCAAUUUUCCUGAAAGACAAAGUACAGAACUCCAACGGACGAUUCGUCCUCCCCACAUCAGGCCCUGUUCCGUAUGGGACGCACACCCCAGGACUCAUGAGGAUGUUUAGCUGUAGUGGUGAGGAGGUGAGAAGGAUGCAGUUCCGCGAUGGUGGCAAUUACAAUGCCGCUUUCCGUGAGGGAUCUUUUGAAAUGUAUGGUGAUCGAGUCAUCAAACUGGGCACAAACAUGUACAGUGUGAGCCGCCCUGUUGAGACACACAUGUCUGGAACCUCCAAAAACUCCUCACAGCACACCAAGGUCAACACUACUCCGAAUCCUUUGGCAAAAGAAGAGUUAAACCUGCUUGCUAGACUAAUGGGAGGUCUGGAGGUGCAGAAACCAGCCGGCACUGACUCCGGUUUCCGUGUUAAUCUCUUCGCCACUGACGAGGAGGAAGAGGAAGCUUUGAUAUCAAGACCAGAUGAGCUUUCUUAUGAAGUUAUUAAUAUCCAGGCAACAAAGGACAAACAGACCAAUGCUGAGCUGGCUAAGAUCAUGGGAGAGUUUGGAGAGACGGGAGAACCUUCCCCCAGUUCCAGCAGCAAGGGUGAUGACCUCCUGGCCAUGAUGGAUGGACUGUGACUUAAACUUGGUGUUCCCUUUGACUGAGGAGAGUGAUUGAGCUGUUAAGCAGGAUAAAGUGCUACAAUGUCUUACUCAGCAAAGAGGCCUUUUGUCUGGAGCUGCAGUGACAACCAUAUAUAUUCAGAACAACAGCUAAGCUCAACGAGAAAUUCUUUCUUUGAGAAUUUCAUGCAAUUUUUGUCUCCUGCCACCCACUGAAUGCAAGAAAUGCAAACAGCAGGUGUAGAAAUGUAAUAUGUGUCUUGCUGUGGGACCAUAUUCACUUUUCCAUAUUCAUUCGGUGAAGUUAGUUUGGACCUACUGAGGUGACAGAGUCCAUGUCAUCACAUAUUUCAGCAAAUGGUUUGAUAUCAGUCUUCACAGUAGCGUCUGCCGGCAGUGAGGGCUUUGACGCCACAGAUACUUCUGUGACAUUUAGAUCAGUGGACUGAAUGAAACUCCUUUUAUAGACUGUCUUAGUUCAAUCCGUGCACAUGGAAUUCAUUUAAAUCCGUUUGAUGUGCAACAGAGAGGUGCGGGAUAUGUAUCCACACAACAAGCGCUGCUUAAAACAGGGUAAUGGAGGAAACCGAAGUGCACUUGUGGUAAAUAUUUAGCACAGAUCCCAAAACUGGUUUACAGGAAGCCCCACGACAAUUGGUGUUUGCUUGUUUUUGCCUUUAUUCAAAGGGAGUGCAACAAAGUCAGGUAUUUCAAUGUCAAGAAAUUCAAAUAAAAUGUCUUAGAGUGUGCAAUUGUUGCAUUAUGUUACAUGACAAUGUAUAUGUGAAACCACCUUCCAUUGAAAGAAAGCAAUGCAAUAUGUAUGGUGGAUGAAAUAGUUUCUAUUUUUCAUAAGCAUAAUAGAGCUUAUUUAUUGAAGUUAAUGUACUGUAUAUGAAUGUUCAUUUUUGUCUGUUUACGGUUUCAUUGUAUUGAAAUAGAUUUGAAUGUGAAAUAAAAUAGAUCUUUUUGCAAAUAA